AUGGCGAUCUGGAUCACCCUGUUUAUGGCUUUUGGGGUCAUGAACCUCUCUGUGUUCUGUAGAGACGGUAUUUAUUCAAUGAGCACACCGAGCGGGACCAAGUAUCAGACGUACUGUGACAUGACGACCGCAGGAGGAGGAUGGACUCUGGUGGCCAGCGUUCAUGAGAACAACCUUAAUGGGAGAUGCACCACUGGCGACCGCUGGUCGAGCCAACAAGGUGGGAAUGCGGACCUACCGGAAGGAGACAAAUCUUGGAGUAACACCGCCACAUUUGGCACUACAGAAGGUGCAACCAGCGACGACUACAAGAAUCCUGGGUAUUAUGCCAUCACAGCGGAGGAUGUGGCAGUGUGGCAUGUUCCUAAUAAUGAGCGUGUGAAUCAGUGGAAACAAACAUCGUUUCUGCGCUACCACACCAGGACCAGAUUCCUCAACAGCUAUGGAGGAAACCUCUACAAUCUCUUCCGGCGAUUCCCGGUGAAGUACAAUGUAGGAAGCUGCCCUGAUGACAACGGCCCCUCUGUUCCUGUAGUGUAUGACAAGGGGGAUGCUACAUUCAACUAUAACCUGUAUGGACCCAGAAUCAGAGAGGAAACUGAACCGGGAUACAUCACUUUCCGAGCAAUAAACAAUGAGAGGGCAGCGACAGCGAUCUGCUCAGGACUCAAACCCAAAGCCUGCAAUGUGGAACAUUAUUGUAUUGGAGGAGGUGGGCAUUUUCCAGAAUUUUCACCGAUGCAGUGCGGUGACUUUACUUCUUUUGACUGCAACGGUGCUGGCCUAAACGCCCACUGCAGCGCGACUAAACAGGUGAUCGAGGCAGCUGUGCUCAUCUUCUACCGUUGAGAAAGAACAUUCCAGAAAAGAUUUUUAAAAUGUAGUCUUGAUAUAUUACAUUAAUCAAUGUAGCAAUUAUACUUUAUCUGCAUUAUGAUGCAUAUUUACAGGUUUAUAAUCAGUGUGUGUGUCCUCAAUGCAGAUUUUUAUGACAC